UUCCCCACACAAUUGACUUGCUGCUCACUAAGUAGCACACAAGCUCACAAUCAAUCGCACCGAGCAGCAAAAAAUGCAGAUCUAAGAUUGAUUCGAUGAACAUCUAGUCCGAUUACACUUCAAAAUGCACAAGGUAAGUCGAAAUUAUUGAUCCAGAUUGCUGUUUAUCUAGGCUUACAUCUCUUUAGAUCUGCAAAAACCCUAAUUGUUCAUCCCUUAAAUCUCAAAUACACUGUUUGUUUAUUGUGUUGAUCUAAAUCGAGACAAAAUGAUGUUGGGCCGGGGUUUACCAUCGCGAUCUGGUAGUUUCCGGCCGGAGAAUUUAGGUCAAAAUGCGUUAGCAUUGAUCGGAAACCUAUGUUUCACGUUUUUUGUAAUUGGUGUUUUAGUUUUCACAAUCAUUGCGGCUACUUAUGAACCUGAAGAUCCUUUGUUUCACCCUUCAACUAAGCUUACAAACUUCCUUACUUCCACUUCCAAUGCCACCUUUGUAUCCGAUAGUACCGUCGUAAAAACCGGCGAGGAUUUUAUGACUGCGAACGAAACCGCAUAUGGUAAAUCCAUAAAUGCUUCUGAUGUUAUAAAUCCGGUCACGUCCGAGGGUGAUGCGGAGGCUGCGGAAAUAGAGGCUCGUGAUUGUAGUGGUGAGAUUGAUAAACCCAUAGACUGCACUGAUCCAGAGGUUUUUCAUCUGAUGAUGACUGCUGCUAUCGAGCAGUUUAAGGAUAUACAUUUCUAUAGGUUUGGGAAACCGGUUCGUGGGAUGAAUGAUAGCUCUUGUCACAUGGCCUGGCGAUUCAGGCCUAAAGAAGGGAAGACUGCUUCACUUUAUAAGGACUAUCGUAGCUUUGUAAUCUCUAGGUCAGAGAAUUGUAGUCUUAGUGUUGUUAGUAUAGGCGAUUAUCAUUCAGGAGGGAAUGCUAGAAAGAGGAAGAGGCAUCAGAAACCCGGGUUUGAGAAAACCCCAAUGGGCGAAGAUGACAAGAGUAGUGGUAUUCAAGUAGUUGGAGAAAGUGUGAACGACUCUCUCCCUGUUGUUGAAUCCGAGAAGUCAUUUGAUCAAGGGAGGUAUUUACUGUACAAUGGUGGUGGGGAAAGAUGCAAGAGCAUGGAUCACUAUUUGUGGAGUUUUAUGUGUGCUUUGGGUGAAGCUCAAUACUUGAAUCGGACGCUUGUAAUGGACUUGAGCAUUUGCUUGUCGUCUGUUUAUACUGCAUCAGGUCAAGAUGAAGAAGGGAAAGAUUUCAGGUUUUACUUCGAUUUUGAGCAUUUGAAGGAGUCUGCAGCCGUCUUGGACCAGGGUCAGUUCUGGUCAGAUUGGAACAAGUGGCAUCAGAAAGACGGAUUGAGUAUUUCGCUCGUGGAGGAUAUCAGGGUCACCCCAAUGAAGAUGGCUGGGGUUAAGGAUACAUUGAUAAUGAGAAAGUUUGGAAGUGUGGAGCCUGAUAAUUACUGGUACCGAGUGUGUGAAGGAGAGGCAGAGUCUGUUAUUCAAAGACCAUGGCACAUGAUAUGGAAAUCAAGAAGAUUAAUGGACAUAGUUUCAGCAAUUGCAGCAAAAAUGAACUGGGAUUUCGACUCCGUACAUGUUGUGAGAGGCGAGAAGGCAAAGAAUAGGGAACAAUGGCCGAAUCUUGCAGCCGAUACUUCACCCGACGCCCUUCUCUCCUCGUUGCAAGACAAGGUCGAUGAUGGAAGAAAUUUGUAUAUUGCAACAGACGAACCAGAUAUCUCUUUCUUUGACCCUCUGAAAGACAAAUAUUCAACUCAUUUUCUUGAUGAAUACAAAGGUUUUUGGGACGAGAACAGCGAGUGGUACAGCGAGAUGACAAAGCUGAAUAAUGGCGUCCCGGUUGAGUUCGACGGGUACAUGAGGGCGUCGGUUGAUACGGAGGUUUUCUUGAGGGGAAAAAAGCAAAUCGAGACGUUCAACGACCUGACCAGAGAUUGCAAAGAUGGCAUCAACACAUGCAGUUCUUCAGCUACUUGAGGUUUUGAGAACUUUCUUGUGUUUGUAUGUGAAAACUGAAAACUUCCCACUCGUAUCUUCUAAAAACUCUCUUUUCUUUUCAGAAGAUUUGUUCUAAAAACAGAUAGGUCGAUAUUAUGCGGCACCCCAGUAGUCUUUUAUCUUGAACUUGAAAAAGAAGUUCCUUUUAUAUUUUUCCAUAAUAUGUUGUUUAUUGAGAUUAUAUGAUGCUUCAUAUUUUGUUUUAA